AUGCUUAUUCCAAGUAUUGGCUAUGAAAUGAAUGAUAAUCUUGGCAAAUUUACUUUCAUCUUAGAUGGAUGGUAUUUUAAACCAGUGGAUUCAGGUUUUAUAAAAAAUAUUAUUAAAAAUACUCUUCAAGUAGCACUUAAUCUUUUGGGUGGUAGUACAACAUCUACUGAAGAAGCCGAACAAGAACGUUUAGAACCAUUUUUUGUAACUGAUGUUACUAAUCAUAAAAUACAAUUAAAAUUAAGUGAUUCCAUUUCUGAAACAGUAUUAACUGAUAAAAAUGGUCGUUUUCAUAAAAAUAUUAUUAUAAAUUCAUUAGAAAAAUUAAAUAUACAAGGACAAAUAUUGAAAUAUAUUGCUUUCGAUAAUGAUUAUCAAGAAAGUGGAUAUGAAGGUAUUAUUUAUUUAAUGAAAAACAAAAAUCAUAUUGGAUGUUCGAUUAUUUCGGAUAUUGAUGAUACUAUUAAAAUAUCUGAAGUUCCAUAUAAAUCAAAAUUAAUGCUUAAUACAUUUAAAAAUCCAUUUCAAGCAGUACCUGGUAUAUAUCAAUUUCAAUACAAUUGA